CACGUGCACACUUACAUAGACAUCUCUCCACCUCUAUAUAAAGAAAUGCCUCAACAUGAUCAGUGUAUAUGUAAGUGAGUAGUGAAGGCUUAGCUAGGUAAUUCUUAAUGGCAACUUCAGGGUUUAAGCAUUUGGUGGUUGUCAAGUUUAAGGAAGAUACAAAGGUUGAUGAGAUCUUGAAGGGCUUGGAGAAUCUUGUCUCUCAGAUCGAUACUGUCAAGUCCUUUGAAUGGGGUGAAGAUAAAGAGAGUCACGAGAUGCUUAGACAAGGAUUCACACACGCAUUCUCUAUGAACUUUGAGAACAAAGAUGGUUACGUUGCAUUCACUAGCCAUCCUCUUCAUGUAGAAUUCUCAGCCGCUUUCACCGCCGUCAUCGACAAGAUCGUGGUCUUGGAUUUCCCGGUGGCCGCCGUCAAAUCUUCCGUUGCUGUGUAAAAGACCUUGAUAAUCUUGUGAUAUGAUCAUGUCGAACUUUGUUUCCUUAAUGUAAACGAGGGUUGAUUAUGUAUAACUCGGUUGGUUUAAAGUAUGUUUUUUUUUUUUUUGAUUUGUUUGUUUUCGAUUUGCGAUGGUAAAAGAAUCUUUGUUUU